AUGCUCCAUUAUCGCACACAAGGGUACAACGGUUGCGCCGUGAAGUACUCUCCUUUCUUCGACAAUAGGCUUGCUGUCGCAAGUUCAUCAAACUUCGGCCUCGUUGGAAAUGGACGCCUUCACAUUCUUGAGCUGACCGCGAACGGAAUUCAACCUUUAAAAUUCUUUACAACACAAGACUCCCUCUACGACCUCGCAUGGUCUGAAAUCCACGAGAAUCAAGUCCUCGCCGCAUCAGGUGACGGUAGCAUAAAGCUCUUCGACUGCACAGCGAAUGACUUCCCCGUCUCAAACUGGAAAGAGCAUGCGCGCGAGGUUUUCAGCGUGAACUGGAACCCCGUAGCAAAAGAUCGCUUUUGCUCAAGUAGUUGGGAUGGCACAGUUCGCAUUUGGUCGCCUCAUCGCCCGCAAUCUCUUCUCACUCUCCCAACCCACAGCUGCACCUAUUCUGCCUCCUUUUGCCCGCAUAACCCAGACCUCAUCUCAUGCGUGACAUCAGACUCGUAUGUGCGUGUUUUCGAUCUUCGCACUCCCGCAUCCGCUUCAAACCAUCUCGUCACUCAAAUUCCUAUCCAUGCGGCUCCUGCUGCGCCCGCGAUCCCCGGCCAGCCCGGUGGCCCUACCCCGCCUGCGGAGGCUCUAACCCAUGACUGGAACAAGUACCGUCCUACCGUUCUUGCGACCGCGGGUGUUGAUCGCGCUAUUCGAACAUUUGAUAUUCGUGCGCCGCAACAAGGCCCGUUGUGUACCAUGCUUGGGCAUGAAUACGCUGUUCGAAAACUAGCUUGGUCCCCUCAUCUUUCUAAUGUUCUCUUGAGUGCCAGUUAUGAUAUGACAUGUCGUGUAUGGAACGAUCGGUCAGAUGCGAACCCCGCAGGUGAUAUGGAUAUCAUGCGCGGUGGUCCUGCAGGCCCCGUGGUUGGUGCAGAGCUGGGGCGCAUGGGUAGACAUACUGAGUUUGUCACCGGCGUGGAUUGGUGCUUGUUCGGAAAUGAAGGCUGGUGUGCCAGUGUUGGGUGGGAUGAGAGUGUAUAUGUCUGGGAUGUACGAGCGGCGAUGGCAUAG